AUGAAAGAGAAAAAGAGAUUAAGUAAACGUUGUACUACUAAGCAGAGAGUAACUAGAGAACGUAAAAUUGUCCAAGAAAACCGGGCCAAGCGCCGGGAAGAGCGAAAACGUCAGAAAAGAGAAGAUGCCAUGCCCUACGGCCUUAUCAAAACAAAAGAAGAGUUACAAGAACUUAAGGAAAUCAGAGCUAAUGCUGAAAGAAGACAGAAACUCUAUGAAGAACGUAAAGCAAAUGAACCCCAAGAAAAAGAAACAGUUGAUAUUUCCCGGCGGUACUUAAAAGAAGUGCAUAAAGUCCUUAAUGAAGCCGAUGUGAUUAUUCAAGUCUUAGAUGCACGUGAUCCCAUUAACAGUCGAGCGCCCGAGAUAGAGAAAGCUAUUAGAGAUAAGGGUAAAAAACUUGUCUUUGUUUUGAAUAAGAUAGAUUUGGUUGAUCGUGAAAACUGGAAUGGCUGGUUGACCUAUCUUAAGACUAUUGCCCCGGCUCUGCCCUUUAAAGCUUCUACUCAGGGCCAGCGUAGUCACUUAGGACAUACUGAGAAGACUGAGUUGAAGGCUGAGGCUUACGGAGUGAAGGAAUUAAUGAGUUUACUUAAGAACUAUACGCGUGGGGGAGUAAGUCUUACAAUUGGUAUUAUUGGGUGUCCUAAUGUGGGUAAGAGUAGUUUGAUUAACUCUUUGAAACGAGAGAAGGCUUGUGAGGUUAAGAAUACUCCUGGAGUGACUAAAGUCUUGCAGCAGAUCGUACUGGAUAGUUCAAUAAGACUGAUUGAUUCACCAGGAGUGAUUUAUCAAAAAGGAAGUGCAAUUAGUAAUGCUUUACGGGCUAGUACGUCUGAAGUAGAUCCAGAGGAGAUAGUGGCUUUGAUUUUCCAAAAGAUUCCAGCUAGAACUUUAUCUAUUCUUUAUGGGGUGGAAGAACCUCGUUCAGCUGAUGAACUACUUAUUUCUCUAGCUAUUAAAUGGGGACGUAUGGCUCGAGGAGGUGUGCCUGAUAAACGUACUUCUUCUUUUAUGUUGAUUCGUGAUUUACAGAUAGGUAAAAUCCGGUUCUGCACUCCAGUACCACAAGUAGGAGAAGAACUUGAAAAUGCAUCGGCUAAUCUCCUUCUUACUGUACCGCAACGAUCUCUAGAAGGUAAGCCUGUCCAGGCUCCUGUUGAUCCCAAUGCCAUGGAAUACGAACCUCGUUUAUAA